AUGCCCAAGAGUUUGUUCCUAAUUACGUUGGGUGGUAUUAUUACUUCUUCUCCAUUAUUAGAAACCGAAGAAGGUUGCCAAAAAAUUAAAGAGUUCGUCGAAGGAGAAGUCAGUGAUAGAUUACAGGAAAAAGUUAGACAACUUGCAGAGGUUUCUUCUCUCCCGGAAUUUAACCGAUGGGCGCGAGAAUAUACGACUAUAGAACUACUUGGUUAUGGUUUGAUAUCG